UCAGCUUUUGCUUUUAUAUGAGCACAUGACUAUUGAACCCCAAUAAAAGAACGUAACACUACUUCACUUUUUACACAUCCAAAAGAAGUUCAAUCUAAACAGUUGUAUUGCCAAACUUCCUGUAACCACUAGCAGUGCUGGUUUCUCUGGUUUCAUUUACAAGGAAACGGUAACCAAAGGGGAGAUAAACCUGCUCUCACACGAACACACAGAGAUCAGACGGCAGACGACUAACGAUGAUGAAGAUGUCAGGAAGAUCUGUGAGUUGCUGUGUAGCACUGUUCCUUGUCCUCACCUCUGUGUCAGCUGUGCAAAAGCUCAAGUCAAUCAACGAUUUGAAGAAAAUCAACUUUGACUGGUCUGUGCCCAAGCACAGUCUUGUGCUGCUCCACUGGUUUGCCAACACAGUCGACAUUGACAAUAACGAUGUCAUACGGCUGACUUUUGAUCCAAACGAAGAUUAUGGCUCUCAUCAUUAUGGGAACUAUGAGGGACUGUUGGACCCACUGCCUCAAGGAAGAUACCGCUACUACACUGUUGGUAAUCUCAACCAAGACACGUCCAUACCACUUCCACAGUAUGUUCUUCAUCCCCCGACAGAGUAUGUGGGAAGAAACCUGGACCGGAUCAUAUUCAGAGUCAGGGAGCAAAACACAGGACGGCAAGCUGGGCAGACAAUAGAUCAAGUGUAUAUCACACAGCAUUAUGGAACUUCAAACGCAGGGACGAGUUAUGAUCCCGCUCAUACCUACUGGAUCACUCCUAACCUUUUAAGACAGAUUAGAGAAUUUUCUGUGGAAGAAAACCACAGGAACUCACUGUCAGAGCUCAGAGAUGACUUUGGAAGUAACAUUAAUGAUUCCCAGUUAAGGCACCUAAGAAACAUAUGGGGUAACCUUGCAUGCCUUGGACUGCUGUUGUUUAUUGUGAUUCAGGAUAAGUCCUCCAAUAACCAACAAAACAACAGAUCCCAGCGUGUGGCAAAAAGAAACGCACCUGAUGUUGUCAUCAGCAUUCCGGAAAAUAGACAAAACCAUGAUGUUGUAGUUACGGGGACCUUGCAAGAGCUCUUGCAUCAGGAUCAGAUAACACUUGAGGUGGUGACCGGCGUAAAUGGAAAAGCCAAGAUUCUGUGGAAACAUGUUACUCGACAUCGUCUUACGGAAGGUGUGAUGGUAGUGCUUUUCGAGGACAAUGAGGGCCAGGAGGCCAGCUUUUACAAAACGAUUGGGAGAAGUGAAGGCAGUUACGACACCUCAGUACCCCUGAACGAUGGCCUUCAGGCCCGGCUGCAUAAGGUGAGGAAACAGUGCUGCUUCUGGACCGGGGUGGGACAGGAGAUAUGCAGAGGUACAGAGUUUCAAAACCCAAAUGCAGUUGAUAUAACAGGCUGCCAUGCAAAACUACAACUCCUUGUAAAGGAUGGUAAGGCUUGUGCUCGCUUAUAUGUGAAAAAGUCUUUCAGAGAGUGGAGGAAAGAAUUUAACAACUCUUGGGUCGGCUUCUACACCUCUGCAGAUAAAGGCACAAAUGAAUAUGACUGGUGGCAGUGGCAGUGGGCAACUAAAUUCACACCAUCCACUGAUUUUGGGACACCCUUUUAUGAUGUCUAUGAGUAUCGCUCAGGUAUGACAAUCGCUCCAGGAGUCCAAGCACGAUUUAUACUCAGGGAUGGAAUAGUUAAAGCAUGCACUCCAAGCUGGAGGUGAUGAGGAUGAUUAGUGAUAAACUGGAGAAAAAUCAGGGCCACAACAAAAUGUAUUUUAAAGACAUCUGCUCCAUAACAAAUCUUAAAUAAUCCUUUGACAAAGGCUAUGUAGAUAUGAUUUUUAUUUCUCUUAAAGAUGCUGUUUCCAUUGUAUGUUUUGUUUUGCCUCCUUAUGUUCAAUUUUAUUGUGUACUAUUUUAGCUACUUAUUUUGUGAAUGUUGUUCAGUAAAGAUUGAUAUAGAGGUUUGACGCAAUAGUCUUGUGAUGAAAGGCCAAAUACUGUGAUUCACCCAUCUCAAAUCAUGUGUCAGGAUGGGUGGAGAGUCUUCAGGGUUUCAGAGCAACUCGACCAGUCACUCAACUUUGUCUAUACUUCGUUGGUCUAUAGAACCAGAGUAAAAACUCCCAAUGUGAUCAGCACGCGAGUGAAUAAAGCCUGCAGACUCUGACCACCAUGGCAUAUGUUGAGACAUCUGCUGUAAAUAAACCUGUUUCAACAUUUGAAUGAAUUGUAACCUGCCUGCAAAUUUACAAAGACAUCACAUAAUAUCAAAAACCUCAUGAUAGUUUGAAUAUUUAUGUAACAUGAAGAAGGGAGAUCUAAGGGAUUUGUGUUUCACCAAAAACACAGCUGGACAUAUUGAGCAUGAUAGCUGUGUUAAUAGUGUAAACUCAUCUUUUGUACAGAAAUAGCUGAACUGAAAAAUGUCUCUUACAGUAUAUCAUGCACUGAUCUGCCAUGGUCAUAAAGGCCGCAGGCUUCAUUCAUGCAACAAUGUCAUGCUUGAGCAUAUCUUAUCGAAUAAUAAUGACCCACUGUUAAUUAUUAUAUUUCUUGCAGAGAUUAUGGGGAUAUAAAUUACUCUGAUAGAUAAAUAAAACUGAUAUGAAAAUAUUGAGGGUCUGUCAAGGACAGCCAUCACUGAUAAUGUAUCGUAUGUGUCUGUAUAUAUAUUUUUUAAAAACAGGGCUGUAUUUUUCUUAUAAUUUUGUAUUUUUUUUCUAGAGUGUUGAAAAUUGUGCUUAUUAAACUGUAUUUUAUUAGUCAAA